GCCCAUUUUCUAACUUAUGCGUCUGUUUAUUUUUUAUCAACCCACACUCGCAUGAUCAUUUUAAAAAUUUAAAAUAUUUCAGCAGGGUUGUCGCUCGUUGAACCUUCGUACCGCUGUGGAGGCAGUUAAAGUAGCCACCGCCGUUUCUGUUAACCGUCACGCUCGGGGCGAACUGGAUGGUUGCGACUGUCAAGCCUUUUGUCGUGUUCAUCAUGAUCGUGUCAAUGCUCUCCCUCUGGAUAUUCUUACCCACACGCUUCGCCAACUCGGCCUCAGCUGGUUAUUACUUGGAAUUACCUAAGGUGGCUGAGAAAAACCUCUACCAACUGGAUACUGCAUGGCCCAAUUUUCCAGAAUAUUUCUCGGGUCAAAUCUUUGGUGUUGCAGUUGACCCAGUGGCAGAUGUUGUCUAUGUGGCUCAGAGAGGAGAAUCGGUACCAAAGGUUUUGAUGUUUACAGAGCAGGGAUACUUCCUCCAAAAGUGGAAUACCACAACAAUUGAGAUGCCACAUGGGAUAUUUGCAACUAACACAGCGGCUUUGUCAUCUGUGUGGGUGACGGAUGUUGGAAAUGGAAAGUAUGGACACACGGUAAAGCAGUACACACCAUCGGGAAAACUUCUUCAAAUUCUGGGGACACCUGGAACACCUGGCUCUAAUUUAAAUCCGUUACAAUUUGAUCAACCAGCAGAAGUGUUUGUUUCUAAGAAAGAGGAAAUUUACAUUGUGGAUGGUGAUGGAGGCUUAAAUAACAGACUAAUCAAACUAGCUAAUCAAGGCUUAGGAAUAGCUUGGAUGAGAGGAGAAAAGGGAGCUGGACCUUCUCAAUUUUACAUUCCACACAGUGUAACUGAGGAUAAUGUAGGAAGAAUCUGGGUAGCUGACAGAGGAAACAAACGUUUGCAAGCAUUUGAUGCUGCUUCAGGAGAGUGGCUUGGGUCCUGGUCUAGUUGCUUCAAAUAUGAUGCUCCUUACUCUGUGAGGCUAACAUCUGACAACAAGUUCUUCAUUGUGGCCCAGCUGAAUGUCAACAGAAUAGUUUUUUUGUCUGUCCCACCAAUAGGUGACAUUGGGACAUGCCGCAUAGAGGACACAAUUCAGUUGGCUGAUGAUGUGAAACCUCACCUAGUUGAUGUUAGUCAAAAAACUGGAGCCAUUUAUGUGGCUGAAAUUGGUGCACGUCAAGCUCAGAAAUUUGUACCUACAAACAGAAAAUAGUUUUUGUAACAUUCGUUGAAGUUACACUACCACUAUCAUAAUGAUGUAAAGUGCUUCAAAUGUGCAUUAAUAUUAGAGUGAGGAUAGAAGGCAGGUGCCACGACCUGAUCUGAACCAUAAAAGUAUUAAUGCAAAGCAGUUUAAGGCACUCUCCCACAGAGUGUCUCAAAUGAUGUUGCAUUUUUACUGCAAUGGGAUUAUUCCAAUCCAGUGUAAAAUGGUUUAAAAAAUUCGUCAGGCGAGAAUUGAAUCAGGAAUUUUCCAGGUUUUAUUCCAGGUUGUUCUGAAUUAGGUAAGCUGAUAGAGACAACAUAAGUGCAGAACACUUGUAUUGCCCUACCUCGGUAUUCUAGAUUCAGAUGGAGCAGAAAUCCCCAAAAUGGGAUCCCUUCUCCCAAAUGCUAUCCAGUGCCCCUUGCUAGAAGUGAAUGUGUAGAUUUUAAUUGAAGAUAAGAAUGGGUUUUGCUGUGAAAAGUCCUUGCAAAUCAAAUAAGUAACUGAUACUCAAUAGGAAGGCUCACCCACAAAUAAUGACCACUUGAGGGAUGAAGUGCACCUCAUGAAAUCAUAUCCCAGAAAGGAGUUAAUGAAAGAGAGGAGGGAUAUGUUACCAAAGUAUUGACGUUAAAUUAUUCUACCUUUCCAAAUACAAUGGGAGGUUUACAUUUCAUUCAUUUUAAUAUAAUGAACACACCAUGAAAUAAAAAAGAUUUGGUGGCUAUUUGAAAUUUUAAAUAUUAUUGCAAAUUUGCCAGCACUUAGUAACUUGCAUAGAUUUGAUUUUCUGUGCUCUUCCCUAUGCCUUGGUAUUGCCUUCAGCCAUUUUCCAAGUUUUGCCUUUAUUCACAUUAGGUACUCUCUCCUUGUAUCAGCAAUUCUUGGUAUCAUCUUUGUACAAAAUCCUUCUACAAUGUGUAUUGAUGUGUUGAGAACUAACGUGUGCCAUUUCCCAAGUAAGAUGUCAGGUGCAGACAAUUGCAUUUUAAUCAUGUGGAGACAAUUUUACAUCAAUCUAUGUUACAUUCAUUCAUUAUGAUGUUUCAUUUUGGGUUUCUGCUUUAGUUGCAGGGAUAGGGUGGGUCUGGGUAAAAUGGUAUUAGGAUUAUUCCACGGCACAACAUCGUGGGCCAAAGGGCCUGUACUGUGCUGUACUUUUCUAUGUUCUAUGCUGUUUGGAAGAUCAUUGUGGACUCGCUGGGCCUGCUUCCACACUAGGAAUUCUAUCAAAAUCCCUGACCAAGUGUAAGCUCAUACGCCAAAGAAUCUGAUCUUCGAGUCUCUCAUAAGUGGAAACUGAAGGACUAUUGGUUCUGACUAUCUCGUGGACUCAGCCUAUCUUUACCAUAUGUCAAAACUAGCCCUCUGAGCCUCUGCUACAUCGAUUUGGGAUAACAUCAUUAUAUCAGCUAGAGUUUUCCUCCUGCUGUUUUUCUGAAAGGAUGAAAACAUUCUUGGCAAAGAUAGAUCUUCAUUCAUUAUUCAUCAUCUUAAUUUCAGUUUAAUUAAUUUGUGAUUUUCUACCCACUAAUUCAAGAAAAAUAGCUAUGUGGGAUUAAACUAGAAUGUAACACACAGAGAGGCAGUUGUUUUACUUACCUUACAAUAUUGAUUUAUAUGUAAGGGGUAUAUAGAAUUUUAUUCUCUUUCCUUUGUCUAAUAUGAAUUUGCAUUUUUCAAGUUUGCUGUUUCAUUCCUCCUCUAAGGUAAAUUGUUCUCUUUCUUUGUUCUGUUUCAAAUUCUAUAUGUAAUAAUUGAGAAUUGGACUGAAGCUACAAAGCUUUAUUACUGUGAUAUUAAUGAAAAAAGUGAUCUCCAAAAAGAUUUGGAAAGGGAUGUUACUGAUGUUAUAAGAAAGGUUACACUUAUGGGAUGUUGCCAGCAUAUUUUUUCCCGAGCCGAAAUGUCAGCUUUCCUGCUCCUCUAAUGCUGCCUAUGCUACUGUGUUUCUCCGGCUCCACACUUUAUCACAGGGUGAUGGCUUUGUUUAGUUUGGAAACUUGGACUAAUUGAACUGAAGGGUCCGUUUCCAUGCUGUAUGACUCAAUGACUAAAAUCCUUCAAACCAAUAAUCUCCAACAUCUCGGAGUACGUGGGCAGCAAGCAAACAAAGCACAGACAACUGCAAGUUUGCCUCAAAGUCAUACACUAAUAUGACAUGGAAGGAAUGGUAAUAUAUUUCUAUGUCACCACGUCAAAUUUCCAGAAAUCUCUCCCUACCUGCACUUUGUGUGUACUAGCACCAGAUUGACUCCUGCAGUCAAGAAAGUGAUUCACUACAAUUCCCCAAAUAGCAAUUGAGAAUGGGCAAUGACUACCAGCCUUUUCAGCAACACCCAUGUCUAAUUAACCAAUCUUUUAAAAAAAGCACAAUCUUAAAAACAUUGGAACAGGGGUAGGCCAUUCAGUCCAUCUAGCCUGUCCUGCCAUUCAGAACACUUAUUCAGAACGCUGAUUGAACACUUCAAUGCCCUUUACCACCCCAUCCACAUGACUGCCACAAAUAGUAACAAAUCUAUCAAUCUUGACCUUAAAGACAGUUCAACAGCUCUCUGUUGUAGAGAAUACUGACAGUUCACAAAACCACUUUUGUAGCAAAAAAAUUCUCAUCCUCCUUAUUUUCAAUCUGUGCCUACUGCUUCUAGACUCCCCAUUUGGGAAAAACAUCAUACCUGCAUGUAACCUAUCUUUUUAAGUAUUUUGUAAGUUUCAAUGAGAUUACCUUACAUAUUCGAAACUCUUAGAGAAUACAGGACCAGUUUACUAAUCAGACUUCACAAGAUAGUCCCACCAACGUGGAAAAAAAAUGUGCAAACCUUUUUUGCACUCCAUCUAUGGUAAUAUCUUGCAUGAGUUUAGGAGACCAAAAUUGCACACAGUCCUCCAAGCGCAGCCUAAUCAUGCUCCAACAUAAUUGAAGCAAGUCUUCUGUUAGUCUGUUCUCAUUGUACAUAACCUGGUUACCAUGCCUGCCUACAACACCCUGUUGUCUGAACUUGAAAAGUAAUACACCGAUGGUGAAGCACUUGUCAGCAUUCUACAAAUGGAAAUGUGUUAUAUAAAUGGAUGUUCUUCACUGCAUUAUUUUAAAAUAGUUGAUCAAAGUUGUUAAAGAACAGAAAGUCAGGAAUUGUUGGCAAUUAUGCUUCCUGUUGGAUUUCACCUCACCACUGGGUAUAAAAUUGGCAUUUGGAUCAAUCGGUUGUGAGGGAAUUGUGCCAAUUUUGCCUCCAGUGAUUACAAUACUGAUGCAUUCUGGUGGACUUAAUGAUAACGUAUUGACAGUUUUAUGCCUGGGAGUUGAAUAUUUACUCCCACCAUGUCACAGGUAGCCAAACGAUGGCACAUGACUAUUUAAGGACCUUGAACCUGAAAAUGUGGCCCACAAUGGCCAGUGAACUCUGUUCAAUUUAUGCUUUUAAGUUCUGAUUUAAUUUUGUAUGUUUCUUUUGGAUUAGCCUGUUCUGAGUGCCUGCCUGGUUGCUGGUUGAUUGCUACAUUCAUGAAUUGCUUAGAUCUGUGAACAUCAUGGAUUCAAACAUAGCAAAUUAAUGAUUUGAAAUUUGUGGUUCAAGGCAAACAAAAUCACAUCAGCUUUAGAUCAGUUGUAAAAUGUAACUGCUGUUUAAUUAUCGUGUACUAUUUGGAUCAGAGUAAUGCUUUUGAAAAUUCAGAUGCAAUAAAAGUUUACUUCACUGUUUUCCCCCUGAA